AUGGAUGCUUUUGCAAUGAAAAAAUCAUGUUCUUCUAAGGCUUCUAGCAUAUCGUCUGCCUCAGAAGAAUCUCAUGAAGUCAUCACAAACACAAAGAAGAUGAAAGAAAAAUCUAUGGAAGACACUCAAUUGAAGACACAUGAACAAAUUAGGCAUUCCUCAAAGACUAAGAUUUUCUCUUGCAACUUCUGCAAGAAAGAAUUUUCCACUAAGCAAGCCCUAGGGGGACACCAAAAUGGUCACAAACAAGAGAGGGCAUUGUCUAAAAGGCAAAAGAAACUUGUUGGUGUUGUUCAACCUUUUGAGCAUCCCAAUUAUCAUCCUUACUAUAGCCCUUACUCAAAAUUGAACUCACACAUGUCAUUUCACAGUUCUUUUACCAAUCAAUCACCAUUUGGUGUUAAUGGAGAUUCUUAUGUCAUUCAUAAGCCUACUUUUUAUCAGACAUGGUCAUGUUUUUCCAGAUACAAUUAUCGAUUUAACCCAGUGAAGUGGCCAUCAAGCUCAUCAUUUUUUAGUACAAAAAAUCUCCUAGGAAAUAACAACAGUGAUAUGAUUGGAACUAGAGUUGAUGCGUUGGAGAAUUCCCUUAAUUCUGAGAGCAAAAAUAGUGUAGAAGGUUUAAAUUUAAAGGAUUCACAAGUCAAUAUUGAUGGUAAUCUUGGUGGAAAUAGUUAUAUGCAGAUGAAAUUGGAAGAUGGUGAUGCAGAGAAGAAUAAUGAAGAAGAAGAGGAGCUUGAUUUAGAUCUAAAACUUUAA